AUGAGCAGAUCAGGGCAGCCUCCGGAUCUCAAAAAGUACAUGGACAAGAAGCUACAGAUAAAGCUCAACGCGAACCGUUUGGUAAUCGGGACCCUCCGUGGAUUUGAUCAGUUCAUGAACCUGGUGAUUGACAAUACUGUGGAAGUUAAUGGGAAUGAAAAAACCGACAUAGGCAUGGUGGUCAUCAGGGGAAACAGCGUGGUCACUGUUGAAGCACUCGAGCCAGUUGCUAGAGCUCAAUGA